ACAUCGGCACACACACACACACAUUUUAAACUGGGGACAAACAAAACAGCAACAACCUGGAAAGUACCAGCAUUGAGUGAGCUGUCGAGAAUAUUCAGAAAGCCUGCCGUAAAGUUGAAACCUGGGAGGUGAGCAAAGCGAGGAGGACACCGGAAAGGAAAGAAGGAAGGUAUCCGGAUUGCUGCGAGCUCUUGGUGAGAGACAUCCCCGGACGGUGCCGCCUGCAGCAGCAUCACCAUCAGCAUGGAGGGGGAGAAUCACGUGCCGGACGACCUCACCCCCGAGGAGCAGCAGGAGCUGGAGAAUAUCCGCCGGCGCAAGCAGGAGCUGCUGGAGGACAUUCAGCGGCUGAAGGAUGAGAUAGCAGAAGUGACAAGUGAGAUCGAGAACCUGGGUUCCACUGAGGAGAGGAAAAAUAUGCAGAGGAAUAAACAGGUGGCCAUGGGCCGUAAGAAAUUCAACAUGGACCCCAAAAAGGGGAUCCAGUUCCUGAUUGAGAACGAUUUGCUGAAGAACACCAGCGACGACAUUGCUCAAUUCCUCUACAAAGGCGAGGGCCUCAACAAAACAGCCAUCGGAGAUUAUCUCGGAGAGAGAGAUGACUUCAAUCUGGAAGUCCUUCAUGCCUUCGUGGAGCUUCAUGAGUUCACAGACCUGAACCUGGUUCAGGCCCUCAGACAGUUCCUGUGGAGUUUUCGGCUACCGGGAGAAGCUCAGAAGAUCGAUCGCAUGAUGGAGUCUUUCGCUCAGCGCUACUGCCAAUGCAACCCUGGCGUUUUCCAGUCCACAGACACCUGUUACAUCUUGUCAUUUGCCAUCAUCAUGCUAAACACCAGCCUCCACAACCCGAACGUGAAGGACAAGCCGGCUGUGGAACGAUUCAUCUCCAUGAACAGAGGAAUCAACGAAGGAGGAGACCUACCUGAAGACCUGCUCAGGAAUCUGUAUGAUAGCAUCAAGAAUGAGCCUUUCAAAAUCCCAGAGGACGACGGAAACGACCUCACACACACUUUCUUCAACCCAGACAGAGAGGGCUGGCUGCUAAAACUGGGAGGGGGACGUGUUAAAACCUGGAAGAGAAGGUGGUUCAUCCUCACAGAUAACUGCCUGUACUACUUUGAGUACACCACAGACAAAGAGCCCAGAGGAAUAAUCCCCCUGGAGAACCUGAGCAUCAAGGAGGUGGAGGACAAGAAGCCUAACUGCUUUGAGCUUUUCAUCCCCGACAACAAGGACCAGGUGAUAAAAGCCUGCAAGACUGAGGCUGACGGACGCGUAGUCGAGGGCAACCAUACCUUCUACCGUAUCUCCGCCCCCACGACUGAGGAAAAAGACGAAUGGAUGAACAGCAUCAAAGCUGCCAUCAGCAGGGAUCCCUUUUACGAGAUGCUGGCAGCUAGGAAGAAGAAGGUGUCGUCCAUGAAGAGGCACUAGAGCUGCCCUGCGCUCCAGAUGUUGCACUUGACAGAGCAGGGGGUCCGGGUAUCUGCCCGCCCUGUCUGGGGGGGGUGCAGAGGCCGCGGUUUAGGUCUGCCUUAGACCUCUGCAGGGGAUUUCUCUAGGACUUGGGACUCUACAGGCCAGAAAAACAGGAAGCAUGCUGGGGUUUCUAGAUAAGAGUCAGGGCCAAAGUCUGUUAACCUCCUCUCUCAGCUUUGUUUGUGCUCUCUGUGUAUGAAGCUGAAAGGAAAUCUUGCUGUUUAAGACGGCAAACCCCCUUCGAAGAUGCUUAAAUAACAAACAACAUAAAUCCCAUAUACAUUGUUGCACACA